UUCUAGGAAGCAUGGAGCAGACUUUAUUCUAACUUUUAAGUUAAAAUUCGCAGAGUACAUGAAGGAGACAGUAAAACUGCAGGGGACAGGUAUAACUGGAUUGUUCUUGCACAAAGCUGGUCCUGCCGCGAUUAGCCUGAACGGCGCCCUACAGUUGAAUGAAGUUUCUAGAAUGAUCAUUGUUAAUGGCAUUUGACUGAUCAUCAGCAUUUAAUGUCACCCUGGGAGCUAAUGUGGUGAUAGGAAAUUUGGGCAGAAGAAAUCGCAAGUAGGACUAGGCAAAAAUAUAUUUCAACUGCCAGUUUAUUUUUUUUAAUAGAAAUCUGUAUCAGAGUCAAGACCAGCAUUUGUUGUCCAACCCCAUUGUUCUUGAAGCUGGUGAUCCACUUCCAUGAACUGCUGCAGUCCUUCAGGCGUUAGGCAAGGUGUGUCACUUGGAAGCGAACCUCCGGGUGACCCUAUAUCGUCAGUCCCUUGCGAGGGGUGACAUAGGGACUGAUAAUGUAGAGUCGCUGUGGAUAGAAUUGAGGAAUUGUAAAGGUAAGAAGACACUAAUGUGAGUUAUCUACUGGCCCCCAAACUGUAGCCUGGAUAUAGGGUGCAAGUUGCAGCAGGAGUUAAAACUGGCAUGUAACAAAUGUAAUGCCACUGUAGUUAUGGGAGAUUUUAAUAUUCAGGUAGACUGGGAAAAUCAAGUUGGUUCUGGACCGCAAGAAAGGGAGUUUGUUGAGUGCCACCGAGAUGGAUUCUGAGAGCAGUUUGUACUGGAGCCUACCAGAGAGAAGGCAAUUCUGGAUUUAGUGUUGUCUAAUGAACCAGAUGUAAUAAGGGAACUCAAGGUAAAGGAACCGCUAGGAGGCAGUGACCAUAAUAUGAUACGUUUUCAUCUGAAAUUGGAGAGGGAGAAGGUUAAAUCAGAAGUGUCAGUGUUGCAGUUGAACAAAGGGGACUAUGAAGGCAUGAGAGAGGAGCUGGCCAAGGUCGACUGGAAAAGGAUCCUAGCAGGAAUGACUGGAACAGCAAUGGCAGGAAUUUCUGGGCAAAAUCCAGAAGAUGCAUGAUCAUUUCAUUCCAAAGAGGAAGAAAGAUUCUAAGGGGAGUAAGAGGCAACCGUGGCUGACAAGGGAAGUUAGGGAUAGAAUAAAACUAAAAGAAAAGCUGUAUAACAUAGCAAAGAGUAGCGGGAAGCCAGAGGAUUGGGAAACUUUCAAAGGAUACAGAAGGUAACAAAAAGGGCAAUACGGGGUGAAAAGAUGAAGUACGAGGGUAAGCUGGCCAAGAAUAUAAAGAAGGCUAGUAAAAACCUCUUUAGGUAUGUUAUGAGAAAAAGAUUAGUAAAGCCAAAAGUGGGUACCUUGAAGGCAGAACCAGGUGAAUUUAUUAUAGGGAACAAGGAAAUGGCAGAAGAGUUGAACAGGUACUUUGGUUCAGUCUUCAUUGAGGGAGACACAAACAAUCUCCCAGAUGUACUAGAGGACAGAGGAUCUAGGGAGACAGAGGAACUGUAAGAAAUUUGCAUUAGGCGAGAAAUAGUAUUGGGUAGACUGAUGGGACUGAAGGCUGAUAAAUCCCCAGGGCCUUAUGGUCUGCAUCCCAGGGUAUUCAAGGAGGUGGCUCUAGAAAUCGUGGACGCAUUGGUGAUCAUUUUCCAAUGUUCUAUAGAUUCAGGAUCAGUUCCUGUGGAUUGGAGAGUAGCUAAUGUUAUCCCACUUUUCAAGAAAGGAGCGAGAGUGAAAACGGGGAAUUAUAGACCAGUUAGCCUGACAUCGGUAGUGGGGAAGAUGCUGGAGUCAAUUAUUAAAGAAGUAAUAAUGGUGCAUUUGGAUAGCAGUGAAAGGAUUGAUCCAAGUCAGCAUGGAUUUAUGAAGGGGAAAUCCUGCUAGACUAUUCUUCUGGAAUUUUUUGAAGAUGUGACAAGUAAAAUGGAUGAAGGAGCGCCAGUGGAUGUAAUGUACCUAGACUUUCAGAAAGCCUUUGAUAAGGUCCCACACAGGAGAUUAGUGGGAAAAAUUAGAGCACAUGGUAUUGGGGGUAGGAUACUGGCAUGGAUAGAGAGUUGGUUGGCAGACAGGAAACAAAGAGUAGGAAUAAAGUAGGAAUAGAGAGUCAGAAUGGUAGACAAUGGCGAGUGGAGUGCCGCAAGGCUUGGUGCUGGGUCCGCAACUAUUUACAAUAUAUAUUAAUGAUUUAGAUGAUGGAAUUAAAAGUAACACUUGCAAAUUUGCAGAUGACACAAAGCUGGGUGGCAAUGUGAACUGCGAAGAGGAUGCUAGGAGGUUGCAGGGUGACAGGUUGAGUGAGUGGGCAGAUGCAUGGGAGAUGCAGUAUAAUAUAGAUAAAUGUGAGGUUAUCCACUUUGGGGGCAAGCACAAGGAGGCAGAUUAUUAUCUCAAUGGUGUCAGAUUAGGAAAAAGGGAAGUGCAACGAGACCUGGGUGCCCUUGUACACCAGUCACUGAAUGUAAAUAUGCAGGUACAGCAGGCAAUGAAGAAAGCUAUUGGCAUGUUGGCCUUCAUAACGAGAGGAUUUGAGUAUAGAAGUAAAGAGGUUCUUCUGCAGUUGUACAGGGCCCUGGUGAUACCCUGUUUGGAGUAUUGUGUGCAGUUUUGGACUCCUAAUUUGAGGAAGGAAAUUCUUGCUAUUGAGGCAGCGCAGCUUAGUUUCACGAGGUUCAUCCCCGGGAUGGUGGGACUGUCAUAUGAGGAAAGAUUGGAAAGACUGGGCUUGUAUUCACUGGAAUUUAGAAAGAUGAGAGGGGAUCUUAUAGAACCGUAUAAGAUUAUAAAAGGACUGGACAAGCUAGAUGCAGGAAAAAAUGUUCCCAAUGUUGGGGGAAUCCAGAACCAGGGGCCAAAGUCUAAGAAUGAAGGGGAGACCAUUUAAAACUGAGAUGAGAAAAAAACGUUUUCACCCCGAGAGUUGUGAAUUUGUGGAAUUCUCUGCCAAUUCACUGGAUGAAUUUAAAAGAGAGUUAGAUAGACCUCCAGGGGCUAACGGAAUCAAGGAAUAUGGGGAGAAGGCAGGCACGGGUUACUCAUUGUGGAUGAUCAGCCAGGAUCACAAUGAAUGGCAUGCAGGCUCGAAGGGCCAAAUGGCCUCCUCCUGCACCUAGUUUCUAUGUUUGCAUACACUUGCUGCACUUGACCUUCUGAUUAAAUUGCCAAUUUAUAUUGUUUCCUAAUCAUUUUAUAUAAUUUCCAAACAGGAUUUAUACAUAUAUUUGAUUCAAAAUGGAAUUUUCUCGAUGGAACACCAGCUUAUUAGUCACAUGUGCUCUUGGUAUCAUCGUAACUCUUUCGUGUUCAGUUACUUAUGGAGCUAACAUACUGGUCGUCCCAUUUGAAGGGAGUCACUGGGUCAACAUGAGGGUUCUAGUGAAAGAACUGAGACUCCACGGAAACAACAUUACCGUACUUCAUUCAUCAACAUCCUGGUAUAUCAAGAAGGAACCAGAUUUGUAUCAGUCCCUGGUAGUCCAGCUACAUGGAAGUAAAGGGUUGAUGGAAGAGGCAGAUGGCAUACAAACUUUGGUACAAAACUCAUUAGCCAUCUCCAACCCUAACAUCCCACUGUGGACCUUUCUCCGGCUUCAUUUUCAGUUAACAGUAUUCAUGCAUGAAGUCCAUCUUUGGUUGAGGCGUUUAACUUGCUCAAUUUUUGAGAACAAGGCAUUGUUGAAACAAAUCGCAGAUGCAAACUUUGACUUGAUACUUGCAGAUCCAGUUCUUUAUGCAGGCCCAAUGCUUGCUUAUUAUUUCAACAUCCCAUUGGUGUACAAUGUCCGAUGGAUGACGGCUGAAGGUGCUCAUUUCUUUGCUGCCCCAUCUCCACCCUCCUAUGUCCCAGCUCUAAAAUCACAAUUAACAGAUAAAAUGAGUUUUUAUCAACGAGUUCAAAAUGUGCUACAACAUUUCCUUCAGCUUGGUGUUUUUGAGUUUGUAAUUAAUCCAUUGUAUGGCGAUUUGUGCCAGCAAUACCUCGGCGGAGAUACUAACAUCAAUAUGGUUCUGCGAAAGGCAGAUGUGUGGUUAAUUAGAAUAGAUUUCAUACUUGAAUUUCCGCGACCUACGAUGCCAAACUUUGUGUACAUCGGAGGUUUCCAAUGUCAACCAUCCAAACCGCUGGAUGAAGAGCUACAAACGUUUGUUGACAGCUCUGGGGAGCAUGGUAUUGUUGUGAUGUCACUGGGUACUCUUAUAGACACUUUGUCAUUGGAUCUUACUAUGAAAAUCGCUGAAGCCCUUGCCCAAAUACCCCAAAAGGUCAUUUGGAGACACAAUGGAGACAUCCCUCCCAAUACUGGAAAUAACACCCUCAUAGCAAAAUGGAUUCCUCAGAAUGACCUACUGGGCCAUGCCAAGACUCGAGCCUUCAUUUCUCAUGGUGGCACCAAUGGACUGUAUGAAGCGAUCUAUCAUGGGGUGCCGGUGGUUGGCCUACCAUUGUUUUAUGACCAGUUUGAUAAUAUGGUCAGACUUGAAACUAGAGGAGCAGCAAAGGUGGUCAAUGUUGCAUUUCUCCAGUCAUCAGAUCUAGUGUGGGCACUUAAUGAAAUCAUAAAUAACUCCACUUAUCGAGAAAACAUGCAGAAACUUUCAAUUCUCCACAGGGAUCAGCCAGAGACCCCAAUGGAAAGAGCCAUUUUCUGGAUUGAGUACACUGCCCGAAACAAAGGCGCAGCACAAUUACGCUCUGAAUCUUACAAAUUUUCAUGGUUCGUUUAUUACUCUGUGGAUGUAAUCAUUUUCCUGGGAUCAAUAACACUAAUUAUUGUAUUACUUACAGAUUUCACAAUGAAGAAACUAUUUGUUCUACUGAAGAGAAAAUAA